AUGGUGAAACGUCUGUCUUUAUCGGGUGCACCACCUCCUCCGAAUACUCAAUGGGACCCCGCGCGGUGUAAGCGCAUUAUACGACCGCUGUUAGUUAAACUCAACGCGCUCAGGGAAGAGGUUAAACGGAGCGAGGCAAGGGCUCGGAGACCACGACGGACUCUUUCUCCCGACAGCGGUGAUAAUUAUGGAGGGUGUAAAUUCGGCUCGAAGAAGUCUAGAAAGCCAAUGCGAACAUACGGAGCAUCGAAAACGAUCCCUGGCAAAAACGCUGUGCGGGCGCCGAGCGCAAGUAGUGCAUCAGUAAUGGUAGUCUCGAGAGGGACUAAGAAUAUGGAUUAUGCUUCUUUUAGUUUUCAUGAUCGCACCGAUGAUCCUUUACCUCUUCAUUGGAGCGCUGGUGCAGAUUUUAUUGCUAAAGGGAUGGUUCCAGCUUCUCAGAAUCUUUCAGCAAGAAUCGUCAAACCCAUAGCUUUUACGGAUGAAGCCAAUACACGCAUACACCAACACCAAGAAGCCGUCUAUUCAGCAUUAGACAAGUUUCUAUUCGCAACAUCGCCCCCACAUAAAGAACUAGCCAUUCCGACCUUAGCUUCUAUGGCGUCUCGACAAGUGGCCUACUGUAUCCUUGCUGUCGGAGACGACGGCAUGGACUGGUACGACUACGCCAAAGGAUAUGGUAGGAGUGGAGAGUAUCUUAGGGAGGUCGCGCGAUGGCACGGAAUUGAGUUAUUAAAGGAUGCACUAGCAGUCCGGGCUAUGGAUCCGGUAGACGGCGGUGGAGCAGGGGCGAUAGGGAGCUGCAUAGGUUUGUGCAGAAAACAUGGUGCCGAACGUGAAGCUGAGGCUCUACUUGAAACUUUAUUAUUUUUCAACCCUGUCUUUUACACUGCAAAGACCAACCCGGCCUUUGAGACUAUGAGGUCCUACUUCUCGAUAAGCCCUGGCGGUUUUGUGCCACCUAGUUCUGUGUACAGAAUCCUCAAAGCAUUUACUCCUCCCGUCUACAAGAAUCCUAGCUGGAUAUCCAGCAAGGAGAUUCAGGCCAUUUUGAUUAUAGCAACAAAGGACAUUGAAAUUGUCCCCAGAGCAGACGAGAUGGUUAUCGGGUUGCUUGAGUCAGCUUUCGGACUCCAAGGCAGCUAUAAAACCGAUGAAGAGAGCCCACACGAGCAUAUAAAUUUAAGACCCAUGCCGAGAAUUGGACGCCAGAAGGGAGAGGAGACGAUUGCAGGUGUUAUUCGGGCUCUCGUUGGCGCAACAUUCCAAUGGGCAGAAUCUAAUGCGCGAGGCGCAUUGAUCCGUCUCGUCAAAGGUUAUCUCUCCCAAGACCAGGCAUCGAAAGCGUUGGCACAGGAUGUAUGGGGAACGGAAUGGCCGGGAUUAGUCACAUCCAAAAUUAUGGCGAUGGCUCAUGUUCAGCGAUGGUCGUGCGAAGAGGCUAGCUGUACUGAUUAUUGCCUUGAGACCGGGUGCUUUAAAGAGUCGCUUCGUGAGUGUAGAGAUGAAAUUGCCUUGUGCCUGGAACAGUUGACGGAUGCGCUCCAUGGAAAUGAUGGAUUUUUGCUGGUCGCGGAUUACGUGCGCGAAUGUUAUAUCCCAGACACACCUUCGACGACGAAGGAGGAACAUGCAAAGGAAUUUGCCAGGAUCAACUCCCUUACCGGACGUCUUCUUGCCUCUAUCAGCAGGGCUUCCUCUUCAGAGUACGCAUCAAUGAACGUUCCGAAAACCCCUAAGACCUCCGCACCGAAAGUAAUUAUUUUCACUCCGGGGAAGCUGUUAACCCCCGAAGAUAAGAAAUGGGAAAAGCGGAGAUACCUGAUUGGGCAAUUAGUGCUGAGGAUUGCUACUCAAUACCAAGAGUCUGUUGCUUCGUUUAAACAUGAGUGGGUGAAAUGGGCAACAAAUAUUGAGAAGAAGGUUCUUCGGCUCAAAAUCGAGAUCCCACUUAAAACUACCGUUCUCAAAGAGGAUCACGGAGCUCAAGGUGUCUCCUCGAAGCAGAAGCCGCGAAAAGGGUGGCGCUAUGAGGAGGGGUUAGGAGAGUGGGUGUCUACCGGUCAAACACCUGGCCGAAAAAAAAUAAUUCCUAGAGGGGCUGGCUUUGAGGUGGCGAUCUAUAACCGUGAGGGAGGGAAUUGGAGGCAGAAGUAUCCGAAAUUCUCUUCCGACCAUAGCGCCAAACUUGAAAUCAGCGAUAGUGAGGAUGACUCCGAUGGCGCAUCCUUGGACAGUGAAGAUGGAGGAUCGGAGGAGGAGGAGGAGGAGGAGGAGGAGCAGGGAUCACUGUACCAAGGUUCAGACUCCGAAGACACGAAGAUAAAGCUCCCGUCCCUGAGGUCCGCCGAUAAAACACAAGCUAUCAGAGACAGCCUAAGGAAGUUUCCAAUGAGAAGCCAGUUAUUUAUCGCGUCCACGCCUGUGGUUGGCAGGUCAGCUGAGCUUAGCUCGCCCGUUGCCAGAGAGAACCUCUUGUCAAGGUUUAUUGACUCCGGCAAGGUUUUCACUAGCGACCCCGUUGAGAGAUCCGAUGAGGGUGAGGUCGACGAGGAUGGCGAAGACGAUGAAGACGACGGCGAGGCAAAUGAAGAUGGAGAGGAGGUAAAUGGAAGAAUUACAAUUCCAGGCUCCUCCCCCAUAGUUGGCAGGUUAACCCGACGUAGCCAAGAACCCAUCACUACUCCCCCCGCCACCUCCUCAACUGCCCAAUCGUCGGCCUACUCACCUUCUUCCGCAACUCUCUCCUCACAUCUUCCGUCUCUCCCUCCCCGCCGCACUAAACCCACAUAUGACGACGACGACGAUAGCACGGACAUGGCCUCAGACUCAGACAUCGACUCCGAUUCCGACUAUGAACCCGCUGUCACCCCUACUGUCCCUUCUGCCACCUGCGAAUCCAACAAUUCACUGGAGGAUGAACUUUCUGCGUCCGAUGCUACCUUCUCUUGCCACCGUGGUCGCCCCUCCUCGUUCACGCCAAUUCUUAAAACUGCAGUUGAUAUCCCUUCCACUGCCCCUCAAUCUACUUCAACUUCCAACCAGUCUUUGUCUGCCUCUUCAAAGCGCAAGAUCGAGCGCUCUGCCGAACGUCGGGUAGUGAGUAGGAAACGCGUGAUGCUUCACAAGAAGUCUAUUGCGGAGAUCACACGUCACGAAGUCGAGAUGAGUGCUGACGAGCUGGCAUGA